UAUUUAAUAUUUUUGGGUGAAAAAUGUGAGCCAAGAACCAAGGAGUGGUUAACAGCAGACCCAGAUGAGUUCCUGCUCUUCCAUGGCUUCCCUUCUCAGUCCACGUCCCACGGCAUCUCUCAUGAACAAGUGGCAGUGGGGCUAACGGGGGAAUGAAUUGUGGAGGAAGAAUGGAACAGAACCAUACAAAUUAUGCAGUAAUCCAAGCGAGUUUGUGUGGUUUGAGGUGGCCAUACAACUGAAAGUGCUAACCGCCAGUUAGCAGAGCUGAUAUGGAGUGGAACACAAAGCGUCUCAGGGCCUUACGAUGUCAAACAUUUAUUCCAACACGCACAAUAGCUUUCUUGUGUUGUUUUUGGAUAUUGAAGUUGUUGAUAUAAGUUAAUCACAACUUUUUCUCAAUUAAUAGUCACUUGUUUUGAAAAGUUUGAAAAAAAAACUAUGGUCAUGAAUAAAGAAGACCCAGAUGAGUUGCUGCAAUGGAGGAUUUCUGUUUUAUGUUAGGGUGCCGUCUAAGCUUGUGUUGGUAUUACUGGAGUUUACAUGAUUGAACUACGCCAUUUGGCUUAAGGUUCUUGGCGGGGAUAUUGAUAGGAAUGGUGAAUCGUGUGAGUUCCAUUACCUCUACAAUCACACAACCCAAAGCUCAUCUGACUUUUAUGAAAAAUGAAAGAUUGCACGGGCUUAGUUUAAUGACAAAUGCUAAGAUGGCUGUUGAAGGGGAAGUGCUGGGGAAAGAAUCAGUCAGUGUCGAUGGCAAAGAUUAUGGAGUUGUUAGUGUCCACCAUGUUGGAAUUCUGUGUGAAAACCUUGAGAGGUCACUCGAGUUCUAUCAGAAUGUUCUAGGUCUUGAAAUAAAUGAGGCAAGGCCAGAGGAUAAGCUCCCUUAUAGAGGUGCUUGGUUGUGGGUGGGUUCUGAGAUGAUUCAUUUGAUGGAGCUUCCCAAUCCAGACCCCUUAACUGGACGGCCUCAACAUGGUGGCCGGGAUCGUCAUACUUGUAUUGCUAUUAGGGAUGUGUCUAAGCUAAAAACAAUCCUUGAUAAAGCUGGUAUUCCCUACACGCUGAGCCGCUCCGGGAGGCCAGCAAUUUUUACACGAGAUCCGGAUGCAAAUGCUCUAGAAUUUACUCAAGUGGAUGUCUGAAACAUUUGAACAUCUGGCGCGUAAACUUACAGUGUUAGUAUCAAUGAAAAACACUUUUGAAUGGAGCAUUUAAUCUUUGGCAGGUAUUCUGUUGGUGGCCCAGGAAUACCCAUAUUAUGUAAUAUUUGAUGCACAGAAACUACAUAUACAGGUAUUCAGAAAAUAAAUGUAUCCCCCAACGAUGAUUUUCUAAGCCAUCGGUUCUACAAUUUGCUAGAAAUGGGAGUGUGAUGUUAUGAGCUAAACCUGCAUGUUUGGCAGAAAACACUCAAAAUUGUAAGUAUGUUUGGCAGAAUAUAUGAACAUAUUUCUGAGGUGGUCCUUAAA